CCAUGAGAACCAUAGGUGGUUGGCAUACUGUGACAGUGUGUCAGUCUGACAGGUGGCACUGAGGCAAAUAUGAGGUGGUUCCUGCUGGAGGUCCAGCUGGCCGUGUUUGGAUGUAAUAUUUCCUCCAUUAUAAUUUGAUCUAUGAAUGGCAUAGAGGUUAUUAACAGGACCAGCCUCUGCUGAGUUGAGCGGAAGAGCUUCUUGGAAUUUUCCAACAGUCAAAGCCAUCACAUCCUGACGAGCAUCAGUGCUUCCUGUUCAUCAGGAUGAAGCGCAGCAGGACUCUGUCUUUAAGGCAUUCUCAGAAAUCAAGAUGGAUCAGGGAAAGGCGAACCUUGGUGAUGAUGGGGCAUGUAGGUGCCAAACCCCGGAGACAAACUGCACGGGGAGCUGGGUACCUGUUCAAAGCUCACCCUUCCUCCUGCCUUUCCAUCACUGAGGAGGUGUUUCUAGAAGCUGCAGAGUAUGGCAACAUCCCUGAAGUGAGACGGAUGCUGGAGGAGCUUCCUCACCUCAACAUCAACUGUGUCAACUACAUGGGUCAGAAUGCACUGCAGCUGGCAGUUGCAAGCGAGCACUUAGAAGUGGUCAAGCUUUUGCUUAAAAAGAAGGAACUUGCAAAAGUAGGAGAUGCCUUGCUGUUAGCCAUUAGUAAAGGGUACAUCCGCAUAGUAGAAGCCAUAUUGAGCCAUGAGGCCUUCACUGACGGUCAGAGGCUGACAAACAGCCCCAGUCUGGAGGAGACACAAGAUGAUUUUUUCUCAUAUGAUGAGGAUGGCACACGUUUUUCUCAUGACAUCACUCCCAUUAUCCUGGCUUCCCAGUGCCAGGAGUUUGAGAUCGUACACAUGCUACUUUUGAGGGGGGCCCGCAUAGAGCGUCCACAUGACUACUUCUGUCAAUGCAAGGCCUGCAUUGAGCAUCAGAGGCGUGACUCCUUUUGCCACUCUCUGUCUCGUAUCAGCGCUUACAAAGGUCUGGCAAGUCCAGCAUAUCUUUGCCUUUCAAAUGAAGACCCCGUGAUGGUAGCUUUGGAGCUGAGCAAUGAACUCGCCGUUCUGGCCAAUGCUGAGAAAGAGUUUAAGAAUGAUUACGAGAGGCUGUCCAUGCAAUGUAAGGAUUUUGUGGUGGGACUCUUGGAUUUGUGUCGGAAUACUGAAGAAGUGGAAGCCGUCCUAAAUGGUGACACAGAAUCCUGUGCUGACCAGGAAAUCUCUGGCAGGCCAAACCUGAUAAGGUUGAAACUUGCAAUAAAAUAUGAGGUUAAAGAGUUUGUGGCUCAUCCAAACUGUCAGCAACAUCUACGAUCAAUCUGGUAUGAAAACUUAACUGGACUGCAUCAGCAAACAAUAGCAGUUAAAAUUCUUCUUGUCCUCGGUGUAGCUGUUGGUUUACCUGUUCUGGCUUUUAUUUACUGGAUAGCACCAUCAAGUAAGUUGGGGAAACUUAUGCGUGGACCUUUCCUCAAGUUCGUGGCUCAUGCAGCUUCCUUCAUCAUAUUCCUCUGUCUGCUGGUUCUGAAUGCAGCGGACCGCUUUGCAGGGACAUCGCUACUGCCAAACAUGACCACCCAUGAUUACCCCUCACAAGUUUUUCGCAUGAAGACUACCCGCUUUACCUGGAUGGAGAUACUUAUUAUUUUCUGGGUCAUAGGUAAGAUAUGGGAGGAGUGUAAAGAUAUUUGGUUGCAGAACUUUCAGGAGUACAUCUCAGAACCAUGGAACCUUCUGGACUUCAGUAUUUUGGCCAUUUUUAUGACCUCUUUCAUUGCAAGAUUAAUGGCUUACUGGCAUGCCCAUUCUGCACAGUGCUACAUCGAUGAGCAUCCAUCAAACACGACCUUGCCUUCUGAUGUACAAUAUUUUCAGCUGGCAAGGAUUCACUGGAUUCCCUCAGACCCACAGCUGAUUUCUGAAGGUCUCUACGCAAUUGCCAUUGUGUUGAGUUUUUCCCGCAUCGCGUACAUCCUGCCAGCCAACGAGAGGUUUGGGCCCUUGCAGAUCUCUCUGGGAAGAACGAUGAAAGACAUUUUUCAGUUCAUGGUUAUUUUUACAACAGUUUUCGUGGCAUUCAUGGUGGGAAUGUUUGAUCUAUAUUCAUACUACCUUGGAGCCAAAUACAACGUUGCCUUUACAACGGUUGAAGAAAGUUUUAAAACACUUUUCUGGGCAAUCUUUGGACUUUCAGAAGUAAAGUCCGUCGUUUUAACCAUCAAUCAUAAAUUCAUAGAGAAUAUAGGCUAUGUUCUGUAUGGGGUAUACAACAUCAUCAUGGUGAUUGUUCUGCUGAACAUGCUCAUAGCCAUGUUCAACAGCUCCUUCCAGGAAAUUGAGGAUGAUGCUGAUGUUGAGUGGAAAUUCGCUCGAGCCAAGCUGUGGUUCUCCUACUUUGAACACGGCAGCACUCUGCCUGUGCCCUUCAACCUCGUACCCAGCCCCAAAUCUGUGCUGUCCCUCCUACUCGGGAUAAAGACAUUUUUUAAACCUCCAAAAGAAAACAGAGAAGAGUCAAAGAAUGGCAAAGACAUAAGAAAUGUAAGAAAAAAUCUAAAAAAAACCUUACAGACUAAUUUUAGGGAACAUGGAGGACUGAAAAAGGACGCAUCACUUCAUCCAACUCGUCAUCAAAAAAUAAUGAACUGCUUAAUCAAAAGAUACAUAUUUAAAGCACAGAGAGAUAAGGAUAAUGAUGAAGUUAAUGAAGGUGAACUGAGAGAGAUCAAACAGGACAUCUCCAGUCUUCGUUACGAGCUCCUGGAAAGAGGGAACCGUGAUUUGAACACACUGGCCGAUCUUGUCAGGCAACUGGGAGAUGUUGUGCAGAAAGAAGAGCAAAGAAUGGAAAUGAUUUCUUAGAAAUGAGCAAACAAAAUAGUCGUAUAAAUUUAGCAUAAUAUGAUCUUUUUUUCUGACAUUAAAUCAAGGUAAAGGGACCUUUACUGCUUUGCAAAAUUAUUUAUGCUACUACAUGAUGCAGUAUUUUGAUUUUAUUUUAUUUUUUCCUAAUUAAGCAUCACUUUCCAUCACUUACAAAUACAGACUAUUUGUGUUGGUCUAUAAAAUACAAUCGCUGCAAAGUGAGAAAUUGAGAAAAAAAUCAAAAAAGGUCCUUAUCCUUUUUUACUCAUACAACUGGAAAAAAUGCUUUUGAAAACAUUGUCUUCAGUUUUGUGUUCCAAAGAAGCCAUUGAAUGAAUGCUUACUUUUUGGUAGGCCUAAUCCUCUCAGCUGUAUCUGUUCAGUUAACCACAUGGUGGCAGUAAGGUUAUGGGCUUCCCCCUUCUUGUUGCAGGGUGUAUCACUGUUAGCAAAUAAUGGCUUUUCACACAUAUUUUUAUUUUCCAUUUUCGAUAUUGUCUGGUACAAAAGUGAGGUACUGAAGUGAAACAAGAACAUAGGUUUGAUUAUGUCUGUGUUUGGGUUCUGAUUUGUACAGCUAAGAAGUAAGAAUAAAGCUCUUUGGUGAUAACUA